GCCCAUUUCUCUCUUAUCUAAAGAGAGAGAGAAAAAAAAUGGUUGGAGCACAAUUCAAAAAGCACUAAGCACUAAAGAAGGAAAGGGAAAAAAGAAAGGAAGAAUCUUGAUUCUCUCUCCUCUAUCCCUCGUUUCUGUAUGCGUUUGUGCGUAUAAAAUACCCAAUAAUAUUAAUAAUAAAGUCCACUCUCAGGGUCUCACUUCAUCACAGAUCCUACCCUUUCUUCAGCUCUUCGGGAAUCUUAAGCUUCCCCUUUCGCCACCAACGGGGGGAAUUACAGCACAGGAAGGUGCUGAGUAUCAUCAGGAUUCUGACUUUCUGUACUUUUUAUUCUCGACAAUGACUUGCAGCUAGGAACUUGAGUGGGAGAUCCUUUGGACUAUAAAUAUGAGCCUGGCAUGUCUUGUAUGCAAUAGCGUAGAGAGCCCUUCACACUCGUUCAGGAGCUAUUCGGUUUCGAGUUCAGACAAUGAGGGAAGAUGUUCUGCAAUGGCCAACUGCCUAAUAUGGAGACCAUCUUUUCCUCCAACACACCACCCGUCAUAUGCAGCAUCAGCCAAGGUAACUCCCCAACCAACCAUUUCCAACAGCAAUGUAAUGGAUGGAACGCCAAGGUUGGUGCGGAGCCGGGCAGUAAAAAGGGACCUGGUACGAGACUGGAAUUUCGAUGAGGUGGUUGUAGUUCAGCAUUAGUAUGUUUUAUAUUUGAGACAAGGAUGGGAAGAGAAUAGGGUCUUCAAAUGAACAUGGGUGGUGCUGACCUGAAAUGAUGGGAGGAUAGCAUCUUGCUUCCUAUGUAUUUUUGUUUUCUUGUGGGUACAACUGAACUCACACUUCCAUUGGGAGAGUUUGCACAUUUGUAAGCAUGAGAAAAAUGAGAUUUAGAACUUUGUUUAUAUAUAUAACCUAAACAUUAAUUCAUAGGAGGCAAAGUUGGGAUGGGUUUAAUUAGUUUUGUAAACUUGGAUGGAAUUGUGCUUUCAAAAAUUUUCCAUGAUAUACACCAAGUUUAUUUGCAUAUAAGAAGAAUACCAAGUAUUCAAUAA